CCCCCGAGAACAGCGACAGAGUGAGGCCUCGUCUCUUCGCCGCUCCCCGGCGCCCGGGGGGGGGUGAGAGUUCACGGGUCAGAGGUCGUGCACGCUGCUCGCUCAACGUGCGCUGUUGUCGUGCACUGAGAUAUAACACAGCAAACAUGGCGAAGAACAAGAGGAACAGAAGCCGCUUGUCAGCAGAACCGCCGAGCGAUAAGAAGCUCAAGCGAGAUGGCAAACUCAAGAAAGCCAAAGAAGAGGACCACCUCGAACACAUCCCCUUCAGGCUCCGAGAGAUAAUGAAGAGCAAGGAGAGGAUGAAAAGUGGACCAUUGAAACCCAAAAAGCUAAAAGAUGCCAUCUUCCCCAAAAGUAAGCCAGAGAAGUCCCAGGAUGGAGACAUACCUGUCCCACACUUCAAGAGGGGAAAGAACGAGAGCGUGAAGCGGUACUUGCAACGCAUGGAAGCUGAGACAAAACACGUCCUCUUCCUCACCAAGAACCAGGUAGACAGAAAGCCCGAGCUGGAUGCAGACAAACAGGAGAGGCCUACAGACAAUGGCAAGUCUGAGAAAAAGAAGGAGUAUGAUAAAGGGAGAUUACAAAGGCUACAGCAGAAAAAGUUGAACAGACAAGUGGCCGAGAUGGAGAAAGAGAUGUUUGUAGAUCAUGUUCCCUUUGGAGAAGUUACAAUGGCUCCACCGUGUCUGAGCGCCAAACCCAAGAAAGCUCCAGUCAAAUCUCAGAAUGCUUCGAGGGGACUGCUCCUUAACUCUCUCCUGGGGAACGCUGUGAUCUCCACAGCUAAGCCCUCUAUGGCCAGACAGAGAAUCAUGGAGGAGGAGAGGGAGCGAGCAGUGGAGGCCUACCGUCAACUGAAGAAACAGAAGCAGCAGCAGCAGGAGGCCAGAGCUGCCAGCCUGAAAAAUAUCAAAGACUUUGAGUGAUGUCUCAUGUCACUCAAUUCAAGCAACAAAUCUCCUUAACUACAGAAAGUGCGAAUGGCCACAGUGAACAUUAAUGUUCAGAUACUGAGACGGAUAACCAUCAGCAGACUGUUUGUGUCAGAAAGAUGGCUUACCACACUUCAGCUAUCUGUCAGGGAAAGAAGCAUCCACAGGCGACAGGUUGAGGUAAGUUGCACCUCAAUCACCUGCCUCAUAUUUAGUUCCAUGGAGAACUGGAUGCUAUGAUUAGUGUAACUGAUCACCCAACUAUUAAAUAAAUGCAGAUAGGUGUAUUUUGUUCAUUUCCCAUCCUGGUAAAUCUGUUGUCAUAUGUCAAUCUAUAGAUAACCGCUGUGGCAUCAUGUGUGAUGAACAAUAAAAACAAUGUUAUCUCAAGGAAAUUAUAAACUUCUGAUUGUUUCUGUAGUUCCACUAGAUGGCAGUCUUGCAUGGUUUCAGCUGGUUUCUUACAGGUUGCAAGGAGGGAAAUUCAUAAAUGUAUUUUUGUUUGUACCCCAUGCCAUACAGUACUACCAGUGCUUGACUUUUACCAUAUUUUAGAGUGGAAACUUAGCACAAUUUUAUAAAUAAAUGCAAAUAAUAAAAUUUAACAAACCAGACUCACCAUGAUGUCUCUUUAAUAGCAGCCAUUUCAGCGUUUUUCAUCUGAACCGCAUUGUAACUCAAAGUUAGCCCCGAUAGUAAACAUCUCAGAAAAGAAUCCAACUAUCAGGUCCAAUUAGUAUUUAUACUGUAGCUUUCAGUUAUAUGACCUGUAGAUCUUUGAAUAACAUCCGAUGUGUUUUCUCUGCUUCGUCAGAGCACUUUGUAUUACCCAGUUGUUCAGAGGUUCUAUAUACAAAUUAAUUUGCCUCGUCUUGCCUGCUGUUUUUGCAAGAACCAUCUAUGAACCUCGUUUAACCCUCGUGAAAAAGGACAUUGUUUCAUUAUUGGCCUUAGGGGAGAACAAUGCAAAUUCAGAUCUUGAUGUUAAUAUUUUUGCAAUAGUUAUCUACUGAAUAAUAUCACCUGAUGAAUAAUAAUAAUAAAGCUGUGGUCUGGUC